GUGGCUUUGGGGUCAUGCAUUUCCUUUCCACUAAACACGACCAAAACACCAGAAGAUACUCUGACUCUCUCUCUCUUUUUCACAACUCUUUUCUCUUUCUCUUUUUCUCUCUUUUAUCCAAAAUCAAACCAUGGAAAACAAUGGAAAUGGAGUCAUUGUUGGUAAUAAUACUAAUAUUAAUGCCCCAACAACAAUCACCAUUAAAGGCAUUCUUGGUUUGUUAAUGGAAACCAUUGAUGAUGCUGUGAGUAAUGAAAAAAGAGUUAUUUCUCUUGGUAUGGGUGACCCAACUGCUUAUUCUUGCUUUCACACACCUAAUGUUGCUCAAGAUUCAGUUUUUAACACUCUUCAAUCUCUUAACUUUAAUGGGUAUUCACCAACUGUUGGUCUUCCUCAAACUAGAAGAGCAGUAGCCGAGUACUUAUCAAGAGAUCUUCCUUACAAGUUAACAUCUGAUGAUGUUUUCAUCACAUCUGGUUGUACACAAGCCAUUGAUGUUGCAUUAACAAUGCUUGCUCGUCCCGGUGCUAACAUAUUGCUUCCAAGGCCUGGUUUUCCCAUUUAUGAACUCUGUGCUGCAUUUAGACAUGUUGAAGUUAGACACUUUGAUCUUGUCCCUCAGAAUGGAUGGGAAGCUGAUCUCGAUUCACUCGAAGCUUUAGCAGAUCAUAACACCGUCGCUAUGGUUGUUAUAAACCCCGGUAAUCCUUGUGGGAAUGUGUACAGAUAUAAGUAUUUGGAGAAGGUUGCAGAAAAGGCGAAAAAGCUGAAAAUUCUUGUGAUUGCUGAUGAAGUUUAUGGACACCUUGCUUUUGGAGACAAUCCCUUUGUUCCAAUGGGUGUGUUUGGUGAAACUGUUCCUGUUCUUACUCUUGGAUCCUUAUCAAAGAGAUGGAUUGUGCCCGGUUGGCGACUUGGUUGGUUCGUCACAACUGAUCCUUGUGGCAUGUUUAGGGAACCAAAGGUUGUUGAGCGUAUUAAGAAGUAUUUCGAUAUCUUGGGAGGGCCAGCAACCUUCAUUCAGGCAGCAGUUCCACGCAUACUCGAGGAAACAGAAGAGAUUCACUUCAAAAGAACUAAUUAUUUACUUAAGAAGAGCUCAGAUAUUUGCUGGGAUUGGAUAAAGGAGAUUCCUUGCAUUACAUGUCCACAAAAACCAGAAGGAUCUAUGGUUGUAAUGGUCAAGUUGAACAUCUCAUUACUAGAAGACAUUAGUGAUGAUAUUGAUUUUUGCUUCAAAUUGGCUAAAGAGGAAUCUGUGAUCAUCCUUCCUGGGACAGCAGUUGGACUCAAAAAUUGGCUGCGAAUUACAUUCGCAGCCGAUCCAUCCUCACUUGAAGAAGCAUUAAGAAGAACUAAGAGUUUCUAUCAAAGGCAUGCCAUGAGAGUCUAAACAUUCAUAUCAAAGAUCAACCAAAAUAGAAAAAGUGAACAACUUUUCUUGCAAUUCUUUACACAAUGGUGUUAUCCUUAUUUGGUCUAAAUAUCAACACACAUGUAUAUAUAUAUAUUUAUAUAUAUGUGUGUGACCUUAUUAUAUUAUGUAAAAUCAAUUGUUCUAGUUAAAAUUAAAUAAAAUCCACUAUCAAAAAGUCUUAGGCCAAAGAUUGUUUGGUUCUAACUUCUUUGUUGUGAUAGUUUAUUCAUUAUGUUAUUUCUGUUUGUGUACUGAAAUGGAUUAUGAGCAAUAAAAUAUAUGAAUUUGUUCUACAAA